AUGACAGCCCCAAGUCCCGUCUGGGCAGUCCAGGACAUCGUCUAUGGUAAACAUGAUAUCGUUUUUCGAAUAGAGAUUUCCCCCGAGAACUUCGUCAACUCGCAGACAUCUUUCAGCAAGUACGCGCGAUAUAUUAACGACAUGUUUGACCGAGACUGCAAAACCACAUACGAUGAAUUCUAUGACUGGGUUGUAGCUCCAUUCCUUCCUAUUCUUGCUGAAGUUCAAGCAUCGCCAUUGGAUGGAAGAGCUUUCACACUUCGUGAUUACCUCGAACCGGAAACAUAUUACUUGCAGCUUUACUUCGUCGAUGAGAGGAUGGAACCCCGGUUCGACUAUGAUGUUCAAAUGCCGCUACGCGAACCGGGCGUUUACAUAGGCGACGUGGCCCUUCACCCCGGUUGGAGCGAAUACACACCAGAAACAGUACAACAGUGCCUCAGCGACGGUCAAUAUGGAUAUUCUAAGCACCCAAGGAAGGUUUGUGUCGAUGGAAAGUUAUGUUUCUUCAAGAAGCCCCGCAGCAAGCGAGAGCUCCUCCGACUGAGCAACAAUUCGCAAGUACGUGUACCUCGGCUUAUCGGUGUGGUAUAUGCUGGUCAGCACUGCCGUCAUGCUAUCGGUAUUUUGUUAUCGUUGGUAGACUGCGACAAUCGUACCCUUUCAUGUGCACUACAUGGUGAAGUCGCAAUUGCGCAACGGAGGAAAUGGGAGGAGCAAAUUACUACGACUGUGGAAUUAUUGCAUGAGGCUGACAUUAUUUGGGGAGACGUAAAGCCGAACAAUGUGUUGAUAGACAGGAACGAGGAUGCAUGGGUGAUCGAUUUCGGUGGUGGAUACACGCCAGGAUGGGUGGAGAAAGAGCACAUGGAGACAAUAAAAGGCGAUAGAGAUGGCCUUUCGAAAAUCAAGGAUAGAAUAUACUCACACGAUGGCAGCGAAGAAGGGGGAAGAGCCUCACAAGGAGAUGGGACGUAUUAG